AUGCUCAGUAACAUCGAGCAGGCCAUCACCAACGUCCUCUCUGCCGAGCAAACUCCCAACUACGAAAACGUCCUGAGGGAAUACAUGAAUCUCACAGGUUACGUCUUGUACUUGGAUGAUCCGUGUUCGAGCUUCUUCCACAAUGCGAUCGACAAGUACAUCGGCCACGGUGAAAAGCUCGACUCUCCCUUCGCACAUAUUGUCUUGGAAAUCCGCAAGCAAGAGUUCGACUUCUGUCUCCUCCUCAUGCAAAUGAGGUUGGGAACUGAACUCGUUCCUUGUCCCUGUUGUGAUGUAUUUAUGUCGGGCGACGAGAUCAAGCGCAAGAUGGGUUUCAUGGACGACGAAGUUACGCAGGUCCCGACAAGAACGAAGAAGCUACGCUCCCGCUGUUUCACAAAGACGAAAUCAAGAUCGAAGGUGACAGGCCGGGCCGUGGCGUUUGAUCCCUGUGGACCGUCGAAGAGCGCGUCGUCUAUGUAG